AUGGGUCUCGCUUUCUCGAAGCUGUUCGAUAGACUAUGGGGUCGCAAGGAGAUGCGAAUUCUGAUGGUUGGUCUGGACGCCGCCGGAAAGACCACCAUCCUGUACAAGCUGAAGCUUGGUGAAAUCGUCACCACCAUUCCCACGAUCGGAUUCAACGUCGAGACCGUCGAGUACAAGAACAUCCAGUUCACCGUGUGGGAUGUCGGUGGUCAGGACAAGAUCCGCCCCCUGUGGCGCCACUACUUCCAGAACACCCAGGGUAUCAUCUUCGUGGUGGACAGCAACGAUCGGGACCGUAUUGUCGAGGCCCGCGAGGAGUUGCAGCGCAUGUUGAACGAGGACGAGCUCCGGGACGCCCUGCUCCUGGUGUUCGCCAACAAGCAAGAUCUGCCGAACGCUAUGAGCCCCGCCGAGAUCACCCAGCAGCUUGGUCUGCAGAGCCUCACCCGCCGCGCCUGGUUCAUCCAAUCCACCUGCGCCACCACGGGUGAUGGUCUGUACGAGGGUCUGGAGUGGCUCGCUGAGACGCUGCGGAAAACGAACCGGGACUAA